UAAAAUAAAAUUAAAAAAUUAAUUGCGGCGGCGCCAUUUUUACACCUUCACUCUCUACUCUAAACCCUAACGUCUCUCUCCUUCAACACUUCGAUUCAGACGACAAACCCUAAUUUCAGUUAAUUUUUUGGUAUUCUUUAGUUCUGACAGUUGAUUUUAAUGGAGGAGAAUCAGAAGCAGCAGCAAUUUUUGGUUUCAUCUGUAUCGGAGCUUACAAGUUCUUCAUCUUCGUUGUUUUCCAAAACCGAACCGGUUUUUGCUCGGUUUAGCUUAGAUUCCGGUUUGCCGGAGCUCCGAUUUGGUCAGGGUGCAGAGCUGAGUGAUGCCGUGGUGUUCAAUGUUAAGAUUUCUCAGUUAUUCAAGCUAGGUCCUGUUGAAUCCUUAUGCGUAUCUGAAGCCAAUAAAGAGAAAUCACAUUCAAGGGGAAUCUCCAUUCAAUUUAGAAACGAGGAGGAAAGUAGGGCCUUCCAUUGUGCAUUUGAGCAAUGGAAGAAGGAAGUGGUUGUUGAAGAAUGUUCUUUGAACAAUGGAGCAGUAUCAACUUCAAAAAGCAAAUUUGAUGACAAAAUUGAGGCAUCUUCUGCCAAAAUGUACUUUCACUACUAUGGACAGCUAUUGCAUCAGCAGAAUAUGUUGCAGGAUUUCGUAAGGACAGGAACCUAUUAUUCUGCUGUAAUUGAGAACCGUGCUGAUUUUCUUGGUCGCAUAGUGGUUGAUGUUGGUGCUGGUAGUGGCAUUUUGUCAUUAUUUGCAGCUCAGGCUGGUGCAAAGCAUGUAUAUGCCAUAGAGGCUUCUGAAAUGGCCGACUAUGCAAGACAACUUAUUGCUGGAAAUCCAUCACUAAAUGACAGAAUUACAGUAAUCAAAGGAAAGGUCGAAGAUGUAGAGUUACCUGAGAAAGCUGAUAUUUUAAUCUCUGAGCCAAUGGGUACCCUGUUAGUUAAUGAAAGAAUGUUGGAGUCUUAUGUGAUUGCAAGAGACCGAUUUCUUGUUCAAAAUGGAAAAAUGUUUCCUGGCGUUGGAAGAAUACACAUGGCACCAUUUAGUGACGAAUAUUUGUAUAUGGAAAUAGCAAAUAAGGCUACCUUUUGGCAGCAGCAAAACUACUUUGGGGUUGAUUUGACACCAUUGCACGGAUCUGCUUACCAAGGAUACUUUUCUCAGCCAGUUGUUGAUGCUUUUGAUUCUAGGUUAUUGGUAGCUCCUGCAGUGUCCCAUGUGAUAAACUUCAGUUCGGUGAAGGAAGAAGAUCUAUAUGAAAUUGACGUCCCGUUGAGGUUUCUCUCAACUGUUAGCACUAGAAUUCAUGGGCUGGCUUGCUGGUUUGAUGUACUUUUUAAUGGAAGCACUGUGCAAAGGUGGCUGACCACUGCUCCGGGUGCACCAACAACUCACUGGUAUCAGCUUCGGUGUGUCUUACCACAACCACUUUAUGUCAUGCCAGGACAGGAGAUAACUGGCCGGCUUCACCUAGUUGCCCACAAGGCACAAAGUUAUACCAUUUACCUGACAUUGUCAGCUCUUGUUGGAGAUAUGCUCCAAACAUCAUCUGUUAAACUUGAUCUGAAGGAACCAUAUUACCGGAUGUCCCAGCCCCAGUCAUAUUCAGCAGCACAGGAUCAAAAUCCUAGUCAGCUAUUACAAUCGGACAUGCAAUUUCCAUCUCGAGAUGACGACGGAUCAAUCCUAAUGCAACCACCCUCCCCUAAUGAGCUACAUUCUCUUUGAUGUUAAAAUUCAACUCCAAAGAUGUGCAUCGAAGACGAGCUUUUGCAUAUGUGAUAUGCAUGAAUGUUUUAGUCUAAUUUCCAUCAAGUACAUCUUUUUCUAUUAACAGCUGCAGACUCCAGUGUUGAAUGCUUACAAAUUAAACUCUGAAAUGAUAUUAGUGGUGGCUAUUUGACCUGUCCAGUAGUUAUUUUACUCAACUGGUUCAGUUUUCCAAUUUCA